AUGGAUGUGGGCGACGUGGAAGAGCCGGCGCCAGUGGCCGGGUCCCGCGCGCUGCGUGCCUGCCGCGGGGAGUUCCGGUUUGCAUGGGAGGAGUCGGAAGAGCUCAUGCUGGAGUUUGCCGCGCACGUGCCAGCUUGGCGGCAGCUCUCACACAGCGAGCUACGAAGACAUCGCCUCCUGCGCCUGAACCCCCUGUGGUUCCUUUGCAUCCUGGGCUGCGCCUGCUGCAUCCUGCUGGGGCACGGCUUCCACUCCGUGUUCUGCCAGGGAGGGGCCGUGCGCGCCGAUGAGUUCGAGGUGGAGCGGAGGGCGCGUAUCUGGUGGGUCUACUGCUACUCUGGAGGCUUCGUGGGGACGGUGCUGGUGGACAUCGUCGCUCUGCUCAGCGCGCUGGCCAGCGAUGGCGACGCGGAGGAGCGCAACCGUACCAUCCGCUCCUGCGUAGUGGCCAUCCUGAUCCAGCUCUGGUACAUGAUCGGAGACUUGCACCUGCUCUUCAGGAUGAGCCGAAAGGACACCGUCCUCAUGCACGCCUCCGCCAUCAGCCGCGUAACGUUCGGAGCGGCCUUUCUGGUGACGUUUGCCAUCGGCCUCCUCACUCCUGCCGGCCAGGCGGUCUUCCACCGCUGGGCCGAAGGCAGACCAGACCCCAAGGAAGGGGGCCCACCCGGGCCACCCCCGCCGCGAGAGACCGCGAUCACCUGGAUGAUCCGUCUCGCCUUCUGCCUCUUCAUGGUGGUGGCUUACCUGGGCUACACGCCGCUGCUUGAGCUGGACUACAGCGACGCAGAGCCCCUGGCGCAGAACGCAGCCCAGCGCGGCAUCUGGAAGCUGAAGGUGGCCUUGGUGGCUGGAGUCGUGGUGCUGGCCGCCGAAGGCUUCAUGUUCUCUAGAGGGCCUGGGCUCUACAUGCUCGCAGCGCAGCCGUUCUUCGUACUUGGCACGGCGUACCUCAUGGAGGACGGAAGGCUCAGUGCCCGGCGGCUACUGGCUGCGCUGAGUGCUUUGCUGCCUUUCGUUGUGGUUGGCAGUGGCUUUGCAGCCUGUGGGCCUGCACUUUGGGAGAUGCGCAGGAAGGCUCUUAGCCAUGGCGCUUAUCAGGAUACGGACCUGGCGCUCAUGCCGGCGUUAAUGAAGGGGCAUGGACACCCGGGUGGCUUGGGGACGAACCAAUGGUGGGACGCGCAGCAUCAAAAGGUCGCUCGAAAGGACGAGGACAUCGCAGAGCGUGACAAGAACAUCUUGCAUCUCCAAGCCAGACUGGAUGGCCUCGAGCAGGAAGCUUUGGUGAAGGACGACUGGUGCCGCAAACGCGACGAGGCGGCGAUGCUGACGGUUGCCGCCGCCACUGCCCCCGAGAAGGCCCCAGUCCCUGUCGUGGCCUCCGAGUCCAAGGCGUCAACGGAGGCUCCCGGAGAGGAUCCCACCGAGGCCACCACCCAGGCGAAGAUGGAGACCGACACUGUCCAGGUGGAUAGGAUGGACGUGGAGACUGCCGAUGUCCAGGCCGUGUCCAAGGAGGAGGGCCCCAACAUGGAGACGGUGGCUGUACCUAGCGGCUGCAAUCUCUUCGGCGCCUGCGGUGCCUGA